CAUACUGCACUGUGGAUACAGCUGCCGGAAAGUGUUAAGUCAUUUAUUAAUUCCUCUUUGAGCUGUUCUCACAAUAGGCUCUAAAACGCUUUUCCUGGCAUCAAGAUGAACACGAGUCAGGUGAAUGCUUCACUCAAGUGUGAGAGGGACACUAGAGUAACGUCUGUACUCUUCCCUUGCCUGUAUGCGGCUCUCUUUCUGGUGGCUUUGGUGUUGAACAGUCUGGCCGCAUGGAUUUUCUUCCAAAUCCGCAGCAGCUCAACGUUUGUCGUGUACCUGAAGAAUGUAGUUGUGGCCGAUCUAUUGAUGACCCUUACUGUGCCUGUGAAGGCACUGACCGAUGCGGGCUUGGGUUCCUGGCAGCUCCGGGCUUUUCAUUGCCAGUACUCAGCUGUGCUCUUCUAUACCACUAUGUAUAUAAGCAUCAUUCUCCUCGGACUCAUCAGCUUGGACCGGUACCUAAAAAUUGUGCAUCCCUUUGGGAAAUGUGCUCUUCAGAAGGUCAGAGUUGGUCAGAUACUGUGUGCAGUUAUCUGGGUGGUCAUGUUGUCACUGGCUCUGCCAAACGUUAUCCUGAGUAACCACAUGCCACAUAUUUCCUCUGGUGCUAAGCUGCGAUGCACCAAGAUGAAGGGGAAGAUGGGACUCAUGUGGCAUGAAGGCUUUAACUACUUCUGCCAGGUUGUUUUUUGGGGUACAUUAGCACUUAUGGUCAUCUGCUACACCUUCAUCAGCAGGAAAGUGUUUGAAUCAUACCGUGCGUCACAAAGCAGCAGUGACACAGCCAGCAAACAGACCACAUCUAAGGUGUUUGUGGUAGUGGGUGUUUUCUUUGUUUGCUUUGCACCCUUCCACCUGGCCCGGGUCCCUUACACCCUCAGCCAGACCCGCAACACCUCUGCCCAGUGCUGGGCCCAAAACCAGCUGUACUACACCAAAGAGAUCACGCUCUGGCUAUCAUCUACUAACGUGUGCCUGGACCCUCUCAUUUAUGUCUUCCUGUGUCGAGUCUUCCGCAAGAAGCUCACAGCCACGCUGGGCCGGCACCCGUUCCCACACGGCUCUCUGACAGAGACCUCCACCAAACUAGAGAUGCCCAACAGAGCCCACUGCAACGCCCUCCACGAUUCAGCUGGUCAUUAACAGCUUUCUCCUCAUACCUGCCAAAAAUGUAUUGUGUAUAUAUAUAUAUACAUAUAAACGAACUGUUCAGUUCAUUGAAUGUUACAUGGUACAUAGGUGUCAGAUCAACAUUGCCAGGGUUAUUUUUCCUGUCUGCUUCAUUAUCAGAAACCACAGCAGUUUCAAUAUCCUUUCUAGUAAUCUUGCCCUUACAGUCUCCUCUUCCUGUGAACAGCGAGGCAGAACGUUUAUUCAACUGAAAGCUGGUAAGAGUGUGUGACGAGUCCCUCGUUACUUCCACUAAGACCGGUCAGUGGGUGUGGUUGGAAGGCUCGUCAACGGAAUUGUGUACACCUGUUCCUUCCCUAUAUAGUGUCAGCUCUGUUUGGUGUGGAGUGUGAACUCCCGGUUGUUUGGUUUUGCUUUGGCUAGUUUGAGGUUAUGAUUAGUUUAACUCGGUUCUGUUGGAUGCUUGGAGCAUUCGUUUGUUUGAAGGAAUCGUGUUUUGGUUUGUUGAUUUCUUAUUUUAUGUUCUUUAUUUAUAUUAAUAAAUAUCUUUGUUGCAACAUACCAACCUGACUAUGUCCUCCUUCCCAUUUGUCACGGCUUUGAGCCGGUCGUGACAAAUGUGGGGGCUCGUCCUUAAAUUUAAGUGAUUUGUUU